AUGUACCCACUCGACAACCCCCGCCUCUCCUUCUUGCAACGUCUCGUAGAGCAGCCCUAUCCCGCCAAGCCCCAAGGUCUCCCUGUGGCAGACUGGGCCUUCGAGCUCUCCCUCUCACCUUGGGUUCCUCUCCUCAUUGGCGUCGUCUACCUCUUCGCCACUCACGCCACCAAUCACCGCUUCGGUCCUGGCAAGCCCAAACCUGCCGAUCUCAUCAAGCAGUCCUACGGUCUCUCACAAACCGUUCUCGGCCACAACAUCCUCCUCGCAGCCUACUCAGGAUGGACUUUUGUACACACUGCAAUUCGGAUCUUUAGCUACCUCUUCUCUGGAGUCACUGCUGGUGGUGUCUCCGGUCUCACCAAUGCAUACUGCACAGUGCCUAUUGCAGACGCAUCCUACUCCGGCUUAGGAAUAUACGUAUGGCUCUUCUACAUCUCGAAAUACUACGAGAUCAUUGAUUCCGUCAUCCUCAUCCUCAAAGGCAAACCAGUCUCAAACCUUCAGAGCUACCACCAUGCCGGAGCAAUCCUCUGCAUGUGGGCUGCUUACCGAUACUCUGCCCCCGCAGUCUUCAUCUUCUUGCUGUUCAACUCGCUCGUACACACCUUGAUGUACACAUACUACUCGAUGACUGCUAUGAAGCUUCCCUUCACUGGCGGACUCAAGCGCAGCAUGACCACCAUCCAGAUCACUCAGCUGGUCGUCGGAUGCGGUUUGGCCUCGAGCUAUGCUUUCUUGACAUACAACCCAACUGCAUACCCAGCCGGUGCGGUUCCUACCCCGGGUAGACAUAUUCUCAACCCUGUCUCUGCCGCUUACACCUCGUUCGCGGGUAACAACAGCACAAACGGCGGACUGUUGAAGACAAACACCAAGGAGGCUAUCCAGGUGUUGAAGCAAACCAUUCUUUCGAGCAUGGGUGCAGGAGAGAAGACUCCUUGUGUCGCUACAAGCGGUCAGCUCUUCGCUGUUGGACUCAAUGUGGCUUAUCUGAUCCCUCUUAUCUACCUGUUUGUGAGCUUCUACAUCCGAAGCUACAAGAACAAGGCUGCUAAGGCUGCAAAGGGUGGCAAGGCUCAGUAA